CCAUUGUCAAAAAAAAUAUAAUCAAAGUAAAGGAGAAACACAGAAGAGUGACAUCAAAAAUGGAGUUGGAAGUGCGAGUGGUGGCGGGAGUAGAGAACUGCCAUGUCUCACUCCCACUCUCUCUCCUCCAAACACUGGAAUCCACUCAUCCCGAUCAUCGCCUUCCCCAUUUCCUUCCUCUUCAGCUCCAUUCUCUCUCCUCUGACCGCCUUUGGCAUGUCGCCUGGUGCGGCUCUUCCUCUUCUUCUCCCGCCAUCGAGAUAGCUCAAGAAUUUGCUGCUUGUAUCGGUUUACCAGAUGGUACAAUAGUGCAAGUUCGAGCUCAUCCUAAUGUGCCCAAGGCUAGCCUUGUCACAAUCGAACCUGUUACUGAAGAUGACUGGGAAGUUGUUGAGCUCAACGCUCAGAGUGCUGAGGCUGCUAUCUUGAAUCAGGUACGGAUUAUCGAAGGAAAGAUGAGAUUUCCUUUGUGGUUGCAUGGCCAUCGAAUUGUUACGUUUACCGUGGUCUCACUGGUGCCUGAUAAAACUGUGGUGCAACUUGUGGCAGGAGCUGAAGUUGCUGUUGCACCAAAGAGGCGUAGAAAACCUGCUGAUCACAAAGACUCUUUAAAUGGAUCUCAAUCUUUCCAAAAGGUGCUUUUGCGUGUUCAAGAUCCAAAAAAGAGUUUGAUUCACGAUAGCCAUCUAAAAGGAGGGAUUGUGGGCAUUGAGCUAACAUCUAUAGCUUUAAUUCAUCCAGAAACAGCCAAAAUCUUUUUGUUUGACUCUCUUCAUGUAGUUGUCAUAAUGCCUAGACGACCUUCAAAGAAGAAAAUAGAUAAUUCUGGAAAUAAUAGUCUGAGGAAGCAGUUAUCUUCUUCUGCAAAGGAUCUUAGUGGUAAACUUACGACAGAGGAGAAUGAUUCUCGCUAUGCAAUAGUUCGCCUCGUAUUCUCCGAGUCUGUUGCUAAAGGACACAUCAUGCUUUCUCAAUCAUUGCGUCGCUAUCUGAGAGUAAGCUUUCACUCAUGGGUCCAUAUGCAAAGAUAUGCCAAUGAUCUGAAGAAAGAUGUUCCUUCAUUUUCUCUCUCCCCUUGUCAGUUUAUGCUGUUCCAAAAUAGCCAGGAUCCUCAAAACAAUAGUGCAGAGAUGCUUGAUGACAGUUUUAAUCUAGAAGAUAAACUUUCACUUCAUCAGUCUACUCGUGACAUGGGUGGGCCAGAUUGCUCAUCACAAGAGGAACUUGUCUCUACUCUUAUUGAUGGAUUAGCUGAUACUGCAAUUAAGGAGAGUGGUUUCCCUUCCAAUGCUAAAGAGAGAUUAAAGGGCCUCCUUUACUCCUGGAUAGUGGCUCAGUUUGAUGCUAUUACUUCAAUGGCUGGAGUAAAGGCUACUUCAUUGAUUUUGGGCCCUGCAACUUUUUUUCGCUUCAAAUUGACAACUAGUAGUUGUGUUUCUGAUGAUAAAUGGCAGUCAUCAACUGACUCUUUAAGGGAUGCAAGGAUGAUGUUGCAAUCAGUAAAUGAGAUCUUGUACGUGUUAAACGUUUCUGAUGAAUCUUUGCCUGGUCAAAAGUAUUGUGCUUAUGAGCUUCCGAUAGGAGAUCAGGUCACUAGUGUACAUGCUGUUUUGAGGGUAUUUUCUGAAAAUCUGAGCAUCGGCAGCUUUCUGUCGUAUGAGACUUGCAAAGACCAUGUCUUUAACCAAAUUACCGCUUCAACUAUGUCUUCUUUGAGUUGGAUGGGUAUUGCAGCUUCAGAUGUCAUUAAUAGGCUGACACUGCUGUUAUCUCCUGCCUGUGGGACAUGGCUUAGCAACCUCAACCUUCCAUUACCUGGUCAUGUCCUAGUGUAUGGUCCCCCUGGUUCUGGAAAAACAGUUUUAGCUUCAGCUGCUGCCAAAUCCCUAGAGGAAAACAAAGACAUCUUGGUGCACACUGUUUUUGUUCCUUGCUCUACAUUGGCUGUAGAAAAAGUCACGUCAAUCCGUCAAAUGCUAUGUGAUUAUUUAUCAGAUGCCCUGGAUAAUGCACCAUCUGUCGUCAUAUUUGAUGAUCUUGAUAGCAUUAUUUCGUCCUCGAGCGAUGCUGAAGGAUCUCAUACAUCUGCAUCUGUGGUUGCGCUUACGGAAUUUAUCACUGGGAUCAUGGAUGAAUAUGGGGAAAAGAGAAACCAGUCAUGUGGCCUUGGUCCUAUAGCAUUCAUAGCUUGUGUUCGUGCUCUCGAUAGCAUACCUCAGUCACUGAGUUCCUCAGGGAGGUUUGACUUUCACAUACAACUACCCGCUCCUUCUACCUCUGAACGUCUAGCUAUUUUGAAGCAUGAAAUUCAGAAACGUUCUUUACAAUGUUCAGAAAACGUGUUGCUAGAUGUAGCAGGGAAAUGUGAUGGAUAUGAUGCAUACGAUCUGGGUACAUUAGUUGAUAGGAGCGUUCAUGCAGCUAUUGGUCGUUUUUUGCCUUCUCACGAGGCCUUGGAAAGGGUAAACCCGAGCUUAAUUGCUGACGACUUUGCACAAGCUAGGCAAGAUUUCCUUCCCGUUUCCAUGCGUGAUAUUACCAAGUCACCAUCUGAAGGUGGUCAUGUUGGUUGGGAAGAUAUUGGUGGUCUAGGCGAUGUUCGAGAUGCCAUCAAAGAGAUGAUUGAACUACCUUCAAAAUUUCCAAAUAUUUUUGGUAAAUCUCCUUUAAGGAUGCGCUCAAAUGUUCUGUUAUAUGGCCCUCCCGGCUGCGGAAAGACUCAUUUUGUUGGGGCUGCCGCCGCUGCUUCUUCUCUCAGAUUUAUAUCGAUAAAAGGGCCUGAGCUGCUGAAUAAAUACAUUGGUGCAUCUGAACAAGCUGUUCGAGAUGUGUUCUCCAAAGCAGCAGCUGCUGCUCCAUGCCUUCUUUUCUUCGAUGAAUUUGAUUCCAUUGCCCCUAAGAGAGGGCAUGAUAACACUGGAGUCACUGAUCGUGUUGUUAAUCAGUUCUUAACUGAAUUAGAUGGUGUAGAAGUCUUAUCUGGAGUAUUUGUUUUUGCAGCGACAAGUAGACCUGAUUUACUUGAUGCUGCUUUGCUACGACCUGGUCGCCUGGAUCGCCUGCUGUUCUGUGAUUUUCCUUCUUUGCAUGACAGAUUAGAUAUUCUUACAGUUCUCUCUAGGAAGCUACCCUUGGCAGAUGAUGUUGAUUUGGGUGCAAUAGCAUAUGUGACUAAUGGAUUUAGUGGUGCGGAUCUUCAAGCUCUUCUUUCAGAUGCACAGUUAGCUGCAGUUCAGGAGCUUCUUGACAGUGGAUAUGAUGGCAAGUCAGGAGAAUCACCUGUAAUUACGGAUAAACUGCUGAAGUCUAUUGCUUCCAAGGCUAAACCAUCAGUGUCAGAGUCUGAGAAACAGAGACUGCAAGCUAUUUAUAACCAAUUCUUGGAUGCUAAAAGAUCAAUUGCUGCACAGUCUAAGGAUGCAAAAGGAAAAAGAGCAACAUUGGCAUGAUUAGAGACUUACUUCAGAUGACUUAAGACCAGCCAUUGGAACAAGCAGUAGCAUACUGUAUGUUUUGAAGGUUGUCGGGGCUGUGUAACUUACUGGUCUGUAUUUAGAAAAUCCAAUAGGGUGAGGUCUGUAUUCUCAUUCUGCCUGGGUUUGAACAAAUUUGUCAACAUUUGUCAUACUGAGCUUGAUUCAUGUUUCAUUUGAUACAUUGGUGCUGCUGUGUAUCUGAUCUGAAGUAGGGUUUCCGACUCAGACGACAACAUCUCAGCAUAUGUCAUAGAAAUCAGAAUCCAACCAAAUUGGCCAGUAGUUAAUGUUUUAAUUUUUGACUAUCUGCCGGGAUGUAAUGCAUAAAAAGCUAGGAUUCAACUUA